AGACCACAAUGAGGAUUUUCAGCAGAAACUUUCGACUGCAAGAUAUUACCGUCAUGUACUUCACGGCUUUGGCCACUCUCAUGAUCAUCCUCGUGGCUUCUUAUCAAGCGCCCACUUCUGCAAUAGAUAUCUCCAGUCUCCAGUCUAACCAGGUCCUCCCGCCUCUGCCCAUGCCCUUCCGAGUGCUUCUGGAUCCUAAUGGAGAGCUGCAGCUGGCCUGGAACAUCAGCUACGAAAACCAAGAGGUGUAUAUGGAGGUGAGGGUGGCCAAGGUGCGCCAUGGGGUGGUUCUGGGUAUGUCCGACAGAGGCGAGCUGACCAAUGCAGACCUGGUGGUGCUCUGGGACAGUGGGACGAGAAACUACUUUGGGGAUGCUUGGAGUGACAGUGAGGGCCGCAUCUCCCUGGACUCUCAGCAGGAUUAUGACCUGGUCCGGGCCGAGCAGAGAGCAGACGGGUUCUACCUCCUGUUCAAGCGCCCAUUUGCCACAUGUGACCCCAGAGACUACCUUAUUGAGGAUGGGACAGUGCACUUUAUCUAUGGGUUCCUGGACAAACCACUGGCGUCUCUGGAGCAGUUGAACUUGUCCCGGAUACAGACCGGACUGCAGAGAGUGGUGGUGCUGCGCCCAGACACCCAGCCCCCCACCCUGCCUCCUGAUGUCAGGACCUUGGAUGUACUGUCCCCCAGUGUUAUCAUCCCCAGUCAGGAGACCACCUACUGGUGCUUUAUACAGAAGCUGCCUGAAAACAUGCCCUUGAACCACAUUGUGAUGUACGAGCCUAUGAUCACUAGAGGAAACGAAGCCAUUGUUCAUCAUAUCGAGGUGUUCGAGUGUGCUCCAGAGAUACAUGAGGUGCCUGACUACAGUGGUUCCUGCGAGGACAAAAUGAAGCCCAAAAAACUCAACUCCUGCCGACACGUACUGGCUGCAUGGGCCAUGGGAGCCGAGCCUUUCUACUACCCCCCGGACGCAGGCCUGCCCAUUGGUGGACCUAAGGGUUCCAGGUUUCUUCGCCUUGAAGUCCACUAUCACAACCCUCUCAUCAUCUCUGGUCGCAGAGACUCUUCAGGGAUCAGACUACACUACACUCCAAGUCUGAGGAAGUAUGAUGCUGGGAUCAUGGAGCUAGGGCUGGUCUACACCCCCAUCAUGGCUGUCCCACCCAGACAGCAAGCCUUUGACCUGAGCGGCUACUGCACCUCAAAAUGCACCGAGACCGCCUUACCUAAACAAGGGAUCUUCGUUUUUGCCUCUCAGCUGCACACACACUUAGCAGGACGUGCAAUCAGGACCGUCCUGAUUCGAGGAGGCAGAGAGGUGGAGGUGCUCUCACAGGAUCCACACUACAGUGCACAUUACCAGAUGAUCCGUAGUCUGAGGAAGAUGGUACAUGUCUUACCAGGAGACGUUCUCAUAACCAAGUGCACUUAUAACACAGAAGAUAGGACCAAGCCUACAGUGGGAGGAUUUGGUAUUAUGGACGAGAUGUGCGUCGACUACAUCCACUACUACCCUCGCACUCAGCUGGAACUGUGCAAAACCCAUGUGGACCCGGGGUAUCUGCAAAAGUACUUCAACUUCAUCAACAGGUUUCAUGGUGAUGACCACUGUGUGUGCGGAGAUGUUGGUGUAACAGAACAAUACGAGCAGUUGAAGUGGGACGCAUUCAGUGGAGAGGUGCUGGACUCCCUGUACAAAACAGCUCCCAUCUCAAUGCACUGCAACCAGUCCACUGCUCAGCUCUUUCCAGGAGAGUGGGAGAGGCAGCCUUUACCAGUUGUGACGUCUGCCCUUGAAAAGCCUCACUAUCCUUGUGAGGGCCGAGCUCCGCCCACUCCUGCACCCUAAGAGGAGCACCUGGGGAUGAUGGGAAACCCAGAGAAGUCAUGACCUGAAGGAGACUAUAUUUAUGACAAGAAUGUGCUUUUGCUUUACU